AUGCCAGCGAAUAUCGGAAUCUUGGCUGCUGAGGUUUAUUUCCCCAAGACUUUUAUUUCUCAAACUGUUCUUGAGAAAAGUGAUGGGGUCCCUGGUAAAUACACUAAAGGCCUUGGACAAUUCUCCAUGGCAGUUUGUGAUGAUGCCGAGGAUGUUAAUUCCCUCGCCCUCACGGUGACCCAACGCCUGAUCGAACGUACGAACCUAGAUCUCAAGAAGGUUGGAUUUUUGGAGGUCGGCUCGGAGUCGUUGGUAGACAAAUCGAAGUCCACCAAGAGCGUGCUAAUGUCGCUCUUCGAAGAGUCUGGUAAUUUCGACUUGGCCGGAAUCGACGUGAAGAGUGCCUGCUACGGUGGCACUGCAGCCCUCUUCAACGCCAUCAACUGGCUUGAAUCCUCUUGUUGUGAUGGUCGCUUGGCUGUGGUUGUGGCGGCCGACAUCGCGGUGUACGCCACGCCGAGCACCCAACCAACGGGCGGCGCCGGCGCUGUUGCCCUUCUCCUCGGCCCUGAAGCCCCUCUCGUCAUUGAUCCAGCUUCCACGCCAAGCUUGACUCUUGUCCCCCCACCCCUGUUCGCAGGUCUCCGUGUGUGCGCGAUGCGACACCACUACGACUUCUACAAGCCCGUCAUGCGUUCCGUCUUCCCCGAGGUCGACGGACAACUCAGCAUCGCGUGCUACAAGGAGGCCCUUCUCACCUGCUACAAUCUCUAUCGAUCCAAGGUCGAAAAGGCAACUGCAGUGCGACUCAAGCGACACAUCGUCGGCGACGCGUCCCAUUCGGGGUUUCCCAUCUACUUCGCGUGUUUCCACUCGCCCUUUUGCCGAUUGGUGGCCAAGUCGUUCGGUUGGCUGGCUCUCCAGGACACCAAGGUCGCUCUCUCAAGGUCACGCGCCUGCCUCAACAACAACAACAACGCCCCCACCAACAACAACGCCUGUGAGACGAUUAACGGCAGCGCACCUGCUGAAGUCGCCAUUGUCCAGCAGCUCGCUCCGGUUGUCCACGAGGCUGACAGCACACAGGUUUCUCGAGAGGUGGAUGCGCUGUGCGUGGCAGCGACGCGCGAUCUCUUCGCCUCGAAGGUCGAACCCGGACUGCGGAUCUCUAGCCAGGUGGGCAACAUGUACACCGCCUCGCUCUACUCCUGCCUCAUCAGCCUCGCAUGCUCAGUUCCCGAGGCGGAGCUGCGUGGUCGGCGUGUCCUGAUGUUCUCCUAUGGCUCGGGUUACACCGCUUCAAUGUUCAGUUUGCGCAUCUCCGAGAAGGCUGAUUUUGGCUCUGUUUUCGGUCUGCCGUGCAACUCGCCAUUGGAUCGGUUAGCUCUUCGCACGCCUAUUGACCAUGCCCAAUUUCUCCAGCGCAUUCAAUCCCGUGAGGCUUCUGUUGACAAAGCGCCAGUGGAAUUUCCAUCUGAAGACCUUGAGGAGCGCUUCUUCCCAGGAACUUAUUACCUGGCCCGCAUCGAUGAGAAGCAUCGGCGUUUCUACCAGCGAACGCCCACUCACUGA